UAAACACCUAACCUCAACGAAGUAAAAUUUAAUUGACGAAAAUUGGCAAUUUACUCUGUUAAUUCGCAGUGAAAUCAUAAAAAAAAUAAAAACUCAAAAAUGUCACUAAGAAGCACGGGCGACGUUGAUCCGAUAAAAAACGAACGAACAGGAAAUGUAAGAGAAGUCGGUUCGCAGGCGAUUUGGAGUCUUUCUUCUUGUAAACCAGGUUUCGGCGUAGAUCAAUUGCGAGACGAUCGUGCUGACACCUAUUGGCAAUCCGACGGGCAAUUACCCCAUUUGGUGAACAUUCAAUUCCAGAAAAAAACGACGAUCAGCGACAUUUACAUUUACACCGAUUACAAAUUGGACGAAAGCUACACGCCCAGCAGGAUAUCGAUCAAAGUCGGCACGCAUUUCAACGAUUUGCAGGAGAACGAGAUCAUUAUAUUGGCCGAACCGUCCGGUUGGGUACACAUUCCGAUCAAAGAUAUCCGUGACAAUCCCAUUAGGGUGUUUAUGAUCCAGAUAGCUGUGACCAGUAAUCAUCAAAAUGGCCGCGAUACUCAUAUGAGGCAGAUAAAAAUCCACAGUCCGGUGGGAAAUAAUUCGGGAAUCCCCGUGGAGAAUUUUUUCAAUUUUUCAACGGUCGAUUUUCAAAAACACGCGACUGUAAGGUGAAAUUGAAAUUUUUGGCUUUUUUUUUUGAUGAAUUUUAAUAUAUUUUUGUUUAUUUUCCGACGUGUGAUUUUCGAAAAUUUUCAUAUUGUAAGGCGGAAAUGCGAUGUUGAUG